GGAGCGACCGAUACGAUGGAUCCUCCCGCCGGCUUUGUGCGCGCUUGCAAUCCAGCUGUCGCCGCCCAGAGCCCCCUGCCGCCGGAGGAGGCACAUUUCCGGGCCGCCCACCACCCAGAUCGCACUGCCUGCCCAGAUCUGCUCCGGCCCGUUCGGUCGCCGUCGGGCCCCAGUCGUCCCUCCGAAAUGCCGGUCGACUUCACCGGGUACUGGAAGAUGCUGACCAACGAGAAUUUCGAGGAGUACCUGCGGGCGCUGGAUGUCAAUGUGGCCUUGCGCAAAAUCGCCAACUUGCUGAAGCCAGACAAAGAGAUCGUGCAGGAAGGCGACCACAUGAUCAUCCGCACGCUGAGCACUUUUAGGAACUACAUCAUGGACUUCCAGGUUGGGAAGGAGUUUGAGGAGGAUCUGACGGGCAUAGACGACCGCAAGUGCAUGGUCCAUGUGCAAAGACUGGGCCUCCUCCUGCUGUCUGUCUGGCCAUCAGCACGCCCAAUACCUGUGGUGGCACACGAGGCUCAGGGAACCUGUGAGAGCUCAAAGACCACGGUGAGCUGGGAUGGGGACAAGCUCGAGUGUGUGCAGAAGGGCGAGAAGGAGGGACGUGGCUGGACCCAGUGGAUUGAGGGUGACGAGCUGCACCUGGAGAUGAGAGUGGAGGGUGUGGUCUGCAAGCAAGUAUUCAAAAAGGUGAACUGAAGCUUGAGCAGAUCUUUGUCUCUAGGAAUGAGUGACAUGAUGGGGGCACCGGGGUCCCCCCGCCUUUCUGCACAGCAUGGGACAGAGAUGCCUGGCUACCCCCGCCUCUGUUAACAGAGUCUGUCUCUUGGUGUUGUCUCUUCCUUUUCUUCAAACGAAGCCAUCCCAAUAAAAGUGAUUUCUGCUUGA